AUGAGCGACCAGAAAAUGAACCAGUACGAGAAGCUGAAGAAGCAGCUCAAGGACAACAUCAACAAGAAAAAAACACAUGACAAAAACCUCAACUCGCUGGAGGAACAGAUAUUCACCCUGGAAGGCGCAUAUCUCGAGGAAACGUCCCAUGGAAACCUCGUCAAGGGCUUCGACACAUACAUCAAGGGCGCGCAAUCGAAAAAGCGCUACGUGUUCAACGAAGACGACCGGCUGUUUUCGCUGUCCUCGGCGGUCUUUCUCAAACACCAGGCCAAAACAGGUGCGGGGGGUGACUUGGACGAAACCAAGAAUGAAAGGAAAAAGACCGCUUCUCAAAAGAGAAGAAAGGGGGAUUCGACGCCCAUGUCUGGCGAUGAGAAGCCUAGUAAGCGGUCGAGGGUGGACUAG